AAAAGUUGAUCUACUUUCAGUUAUCAAAUCAGAAUUCUUCUAAAGCUUUUCAGUUUUAAGUCUACCUUUCAACACAAAAAAACACAACAUGAAGUUCGUCAUUGCUGCCGUAGUCUUGUUGGCCGUUACCAUGGGAGUUCAAUCAUCUGUGAUUCUUGGUGCUGGUCCAACUUUACAACAAGGUCCAAUUGUUAUUGGAUGGGGUGCAAGUGUACCAGUUGCUGCCAAUAUUGAUGUUGCGUCUAUUGUUGGAGUACCUGGAGCAACUUAUGUCGCUAAGACUUUAGGCGCUGUACAUGCUGCUCCAUUGCCUGGACACACCCAAUCUGCUGUUGCAGUUAAUGUUAAUCCAGCGCCAGGAACUUUGUAAUUUUUCUUAUUGAUCUGUGAAACUUUGGCUGAUUUACUGAUGAAUUGUUGACCCUGAUAUAAAAUUAGAUUUAAGUAUUGCUAGUUCAUGUUUAUAUUGUUGGCUUGAUAUUAAAAGAUUUCAAUAAUGA